AUGGAUUAUCUUGGUUGGAAAUCUGGUGCUCAAAACACAAUUUUACCAAGACCGCAAACAAUUUCUUUAGUAGAAGAUUCUGGUGUUUAUGGCAGGGAUGCCGAUAAAGAAGCGAUCAUGGAGUUGUUGCUAUCAAAUGAAAUGAAUGGGAACAAGAUAUCUGUAAUUCCUAUUGUAGGUAUGGGUGGGAUUGGAAAGACGGCUCUUGCUCAACUUAUUUACAAUGAAAUUGAUGACAAGGUAAUGGAGAAGCCUUUUGAUUUCAAAGCAUGGUUUUGUGUCACAAAUGAAUUUAGCAUCUUCAGAAUAACAAAGACAAUUGCUAAAAGAGUCAUUGCUUCCCUUAAAUUUGAGAACGACAGUGACUUGGAUUUUCUUCAAGUUGAAUUAAAGAAGGCUUUGAUAAGCAAAAAGUUUUUGAUUGUUCUAGAUAAUGUUUGGAUCGAGAAUUAUUCUCUCUGGAGUGAGUUCAUGAAGCCUUUCAGCCAUGGGGAAUAUGGAAGUAAAAUCAUUGUGACGACACAAAGUAAAAAAAUUGCUUCUAUGGUGCAUGAUCUUCCACCUUAUCAGUUAACAACUUUGUCCAGUGAUGCUUGUUGGAAUUUAUUUGAAAAAGUUGCCUUCAACAAUUCAAAUCUAAUUGUCCUUGUAGAAUUAGAAGGUAUUGGCAGAGAAAUUGUUGAGAAGUGUAAAGAUUCAAAGGUGAGAAGAGGAGAUACACCAUUAAGAAUUAUUGAGGAGGAAUUCAUAGGAUUCAAGGGUGAUUCCGAAACUUCAAGGACUGGAGAUGAGCACACGAACAUGAAGGCUUUCUUGGAGAAAUUACAGUGGGUGAAUGGUCAAUUUGAACAUAUAGAUCAAAGGAUGGACAGGUUAGAAACUUCCAAAGGUGGACCAAAUUUGAGGCAAGAAUUCCAUCGAGACCGAGGUUAA